GAGGCAAGUGUCAGGCCGAUGUGCGGCCCGCGAGGGGCCGGGGUCGGGGCCGCCGGGGCCAUGCGCGCGGACUGGGCAGGGGGCCGGCGGGACGCAGAGCGGAGCCGCCUCGGAGCCUGAGCCUCCCGGGGCCGGGGCCGGGGAGCCGCGCGGGGCCGGCCGGCCGGGGGGGAGGGGAGCGAUGCGGCGCCGGCGGGCGGCGGUGGCCGCGGGUUUCUGCGCCUCCUUCCUGCUGGGCUCCGUCCUCAACGUGCUCUUCGCACCGGGGUCGGAGCCUCCGCGGCCAGGCCAGUCCCCCGGGCCGUCGCCAGCCCCGGGCCCGGGCCGUCGCGGGGGCCGCGGGGAACUGGCCCGGCAGAUCCGAGCGCGCUACGAGGAGGUGCAGCGCUAUUCCCGCGGGGGCCCGGGGCCCGGGGCCGGCCGGCCGGAGCGGCGGCGCCUGAUGGACCUGGCUCCGGGCGGGCCGGGCCUGCAGCGUCCCCGGCCCCCGCGGGCCCGGCCCCUGCCCGACGGCGCCCCGGGCUGGCCCCCGGCUCCCGGCCCGGGCUCCUCCGGCUCGGGCCCGCGCCUGGGCUGCGCCGCGCUCCGCAACGUGUCCGGCGCACAGUACGUGGGCUCAGGCUACACCAAGGCCGUGUACCGGGUCCGCCUGCCCGGCGGCGCCGCGGUGGCGCUCAAGGCGGUGGACUUCAGCGGCCACGAUCUGGGCAGCUGCGUGCGCGAGUUCGGGGCACGGAGGGGCUGCUAUCGGCUGGCGGCCCACAAGCUGCUCAAGGAGAUGGUGCUGCUGGAGCGGCUGCGGCACCCCAACGUGCUGCAGCUCUAUGGCUACUGCUACCAGGACAGCGAGGACAUCCCAGACACCCUGACUACCAUCACGGAGCUGGGUGCCCCUGUGGAGAUGAUCCAGCUGCUGCAGACUUCCUGGGAGGACCGUUUCCGAAUCUGCCUGAGCCUGGGCCGCCUCCUCCACCACCUGGCCCACUCCCCGCUGGGCUCCGUCACUCUGCUGGACUUCCGCCCCCGACAGUUUGUGCUGGUGGAUGGGGAGCUGAAGGUAACGGAUCUGGAUGACGCACGCGUGGAGGAGACACCAUGUACAAGCAGCACAGACUGCAUACUGGAGUUUCCAGCCAGGAACUUCACCCUGCCCUGCUCAGCCCAGGGCUGGUGCGAGGGCAUGAAUGAGAAGCGCAACCUCUACAAUGCCUACAGGUUUUUCUUCACAUACCUCCUGCCCCACAGUGCCCCACCCUCACUACGACCUCUGCUGGACAGCAUUGUCAAUGCCACAGGAGAGCUCACCUGGGGAGUAGACGAGACUCUGGCCCAGCUGGAGAAAGUGCUACACCUGUACCAGAGCGGGCAGUACCUGCAGAAUGCCACGGCAAGCAGCAGAGCGGAGUACCAGCGCCUCCCAGGCAGCACCAUCCCCCAGGAAGACUACCGCUGCUGGCCCUCUUACCACCACGGAAGCUGCCUCCUUUCAGUGUUCAACGUGGCUGAGGCCGUGGACGUCUGUGAGAGCCAUGCCCAGUGCCAGGCCUUUGUGGUCACCAACCAGACCACCUGGACAGGUCGGCAGCUGGUAUUUUUCAAGACAGGAUGGAGCCACGUGGUCCCCGAUCCCAACAAGACCACAUAUGUGAGGGCCUCGCUGACCUGAGGGCCCAGCUGGCGGCAGAGCAGCCCCGCCAGCUGGGCUCGCCUAUGGAGGGAGGGAGUGACUUUCAUAUGUCACCUGCAAAGCCCUGCAGACGAGGCUGACACCCCCCAGUGAGGCGACCAGGACAACGUGCAAUAAUGCCAAAUGUUAAAAUGUGAGUUUACCGGUCUAGGUAUGGGACUGCUGGCCCCAGGCCAGGAAUCACGGGGGGCUGACCGGCUCUGCAACCCUCUGAGCUGCCAGCGAGGCUCAGGCUGGUGUCCCUGUGGGGGCCUCUGCCCCUCGCUGGGACAGUUCUGUGGGCAGCCCCAUCACUGUGUUCAUGGUGUGAGAAUGUAGCCAGAGCCCCUGCUGCUGCUGCUGCUGCUGCUGCUGCUGCUGCUGCUGCUGCCCGCCGCAAUCUGGCAGGGGCUGCGUGGGGACAAUCGGUCACGGGGUGUUCUCUCAGCCGAGCUCCGGAUGGCGAUGCUCUGGGAUGUGGGAAACUCCGUACCUGGGGAGGCCGCCUCCGGCCACUCUACCGGGGGCACCCGCAGGCCAGCGCAGGGGCGGGGACAGAGGAGCACACACAUGGUAUGAGCCAAGACACGGGGUCAAGGGGCAGGUUGCGGUUUGAGCCAGGACCUGGGGUGGGGGUGGGGCCGGGGCCUUUCUGCCUCAUUUGCUUUCAGUGAAAGCCGCCAAGCAGCCAAAACCAGCCUCUCCCCCCCUCCUGGAGUUUGUAUAUCCAGAAGCUUUUGUAUUUCUUGUUCGUUAAAAUGUUUAUUUUUGUAAAAAAAAGAAAAAAAAAGAAAGAAAGAAAAAGGAAAAAAAUCAGUCAAUUAAUAAAUGACGUUCCCUGGCAAGGAUUCUUCCCAA